UUUAGCAUGUACUCUGAUCAAAAAUUUAAUUGUUUUCUCUAUCCUAUUUAUUUUGCUGACCUUUCUUCUCUGCCCAUCUCUUCAUUUACAAACACAAGUUUCUUCGCUUAAUUUCCCACUCUCAAUAUUAUCUUGUGUUGAGUGUUAUAUAAAGAGAGAGCCAACUUUCUUCUUUUUUGCUGAUUUUAGUUUCAGUACUAUAUACUACCCAAUGGGGAGAUCACCUUGCUGUGACAAAGUGGGGUUGAAGAAAGGACCAUGGACACCUGAAGAAGAUCAGAAACUCUUAGUUUACAUUGAAGAACAUGGUCAUGGAAGCUGGCGUGCCUUGCCUGCGAAAGCCGGCCUUCAAAGAUGUGGGAAGAGCUGCAGGCUCAGAUGGACUAAUUAUCUAAGACCCGAUAUUAAGAGAGGAAAGUUUAGUUUGCAAGAAGAACAAACUAUCAUUCAACUCCAUGCCCUUUUAGGGAACAGGUGGUCUGCUAUAGCCACUCACUUGCCAAAGAGAACAGAUAAUGAGAUAAAAAACUACUGGAAUACUCAUCUUAAGAAAAGGUUGGCUAAAAUGGGGAUUGAUCCAAUCACUCACAAGCCAAAAAGUGAUGCUUUACUCUCCACUGAUGGCCAAUCCAAGAAUGCAGCAAACCUUAGCCAUAUGGCUCAGUGGGAGAGUGCUAGGCUUGAAGCUGAAGCUAGAUUGGUUAGAGAAUCGAAGAUACGUUCACAUUCAUUUCAACAUCAGCUCAACCCUCCAGGUUUUGCUUCUUCAGCUUCUGCUUCUGGUUCAACUUCAGCUUCAGCCGCUCAGCUUGUGAAUAAGACAGCUUGGAACAGUGCUACUGGCUGGUCAAAAUCCAGUGAAGGUAAUAGUGGUGUUUUGAACACUGCACUUGGGGCUGCUGGUGACCUUGAGUCUCCUACAUCUACUCUUACUUUCUCAGAGAAUGCACCACCACGAAACAUAAGUACAGGGCUUGGAGUGGGUUCAAUGCCCAUGAUUCAGUUUGUUGGCACUAUUUCAGGUUCAUCCCAGACCGGAAUCAUCAAAGAAGAAGGGGAACAAGAAUGGAAAGGCCUUGGAAGUUCAACUAAUUUGCCUGAUUACAAAGAGGGUAUGGAGAAUUCUUUCUCAUUCACUUCUAGCCUUCAUGAUAUGGCAAUUUCCAUGGAAGGAGGAUGGACUCCAGAGUCUUUAAGGCCAAGUAGCAGUCAUGUUAAUGUUGGAAAUGUAAUGGAGGAAGGCUUCACUAAUCUUCUUCUCGAUGAUUCUAUCGACCGGAGUUUAUCAGAUAGUGGCAAAGAAUCUGAUGAAAACAGUGGAGGUAGUGGUGAUGGCAGUGAUUACUAUGAAGAUAACAAGAAUUAUUGGAACAGCAUUCUUAAUUUGGUGAAUUCUUCCCCAUCAGAUUCACCAAUGUUCUAAAGAAGUUCAUCACAACUACAAUCCUUAGCCUAAGUUAAAGACCCAUUAAUCAUAUUUACCAAUUGUUCUUAAGCAGUGCAAAUACCAUCAGCUGAUAUAUAUAUAUAUAUAUAUAUAUAUGCAUAUUUCCCCACAAUUUAAGUAUGUGCACAAUGAUGGUUUCUCUUGCUACCUUGCUUCAUCGCUCUCUCCAAAAGCAACAAACACAACAGCCUUGACGACUG